AUCUAAUUGUCUCCCUUUAACUUUGUGUCUCUUACCUUCUUCAGGUAAAAAGCUUAGCUGGAGGCCCGUCAGACUGAUUCUCUCCGUUUGAAGCGACUGGUUGCCGAGAAUGACCGAUUCUAAAGAAAUGACUAAUAUUUUUCCAUGUGAAAAUUAUCCGAACAAUGGACGAAUGUAUUUUACAGGACCCGAGGGUAAUCGAGAGCACAGAGUAGCAGUAGCAUCAGAAAAUAGAGCAAUUGGUAUUGGGAAACAAUCAUUAGAAAAUUCCAGUGAAGCUGAUUACCUAUGGAGAGCCUCCCCUCGAGCUCCUUUCCCAAAAUCUAAAUCUGAAACAGUCGGAAGUAUAGGGUGGGGAGUUAAACAAUUCACUGAUCAUACUAUGGCUCUGACUGGUAGACAAGUGGUGCUAGGACAGUUCCGACAAGAAUGUGAAAAUAGAAAUACACACAGAUAUCAAAACGCUUGGUAUCCUGGACCAAACGAUCAAAUAGCACCAACAUCUGAUGCUGCAAUGGUCAUGAACACUUACAAAGCACAAUGACCAUCGACAGAUAUAAGCUGAAAUGUGUGCUUGAGUAUGAAAGAUUUUGAUAUACAUUGUAGUUGUAGUCGCUUACCAAUAUAGACAGACGUCGUUCACAACCGUAGCAUUACACAUAUGUCUUAUUAAUAAUGCCCCUAUAAGCACCCCUUUAUCGUUUCUAGUUAAUAAAUAAUAAUCACAGCAAUAUUUUGUAUAUCAUAACCUUCGCAUUUUAAUUAUUUUAUUUCUAUUCUUGCAUUAUUUAUAUAGCAAGUUAUUGAAACUGUAUCACACAUGUUUUACGAAUAUAAAGACCUGCAGGUACCCCGUCAAUAUUAUCCUUCUGGCAGCAAGCUGAAAACAAAGUAAAAUCGUGGGAAAUUUCGGGCGCCAAUGCAUAAACAUUCACUCAAUCCAUAGCUUUGAAUAAAUAGCUCUUAGUAAAAGUAUAUCCACAGAAUAGUGUGUUAACAUAAUAUUUAGCCAUGAUAAACACAUUCAAAGUAACAUGGCAAUAUGUGAUUAAUAAUCGUGGUAAAAGUAACUACUUGUUUUAUAUCAACAGAGUAUACUUAAGGCUUUUUGCUUGUGCACCUGUCUCCUAAAUCCUAUAUGCAUAACCAUGACAACUAAUAUGUGCACCAUUUAUAUUAAAUAUGAUAAACAAAGUGUCAAAAUACCUUGUAAGGUAAGAAGUGAUGCAUAAAAUUAUUAAUCUGUAGUAACAUAAAUCCAUAGAGUUAUAAAUAUAUAAUUCUAUAAUGAAUAAAUCUGAAAAAAGAACUUGCCAGACACAGUAACAUACGCCCACUGGCGGCUGUUUUUAGUGUUUAAUUGAUCAACUAGAAUACAAAUUUUAUUAUGCAUUUGUAACAUUGGUUGUAUUACUAUCCUAUCAAUUAUCAAAUAGGAUUAAAGGGAUUGUAAAGUGGUUUUCACACUUUUGUAUGUGUAUUAGGGACACUGGUAGCAUUGAUUUAUACAUUCUUAUUUUCAAUCAGAAGUCUUGCAAUGUCACUGAAACAAAGCGUUUUUAUUACGCCACUGUCGCAGAAUCUGCUUAUAUUAUAUAAGGCUUUGAUGUCAUAAAACGCCUAGUUUUGUUUAGUUUUAGUGGAAUUGCCAGAAUUGGAACGCCCAAAAAGGAAGUAAAAGGCGUCCCCGAUACACAUAAAAAGGCUAGAAAACCUCUUUACAAUCCUCUUCAUAGACAGUGUGAGUUCUGUACCUUACUUAAAUAAUAGCCCAACUUAAUUAAAUGAAAUAUGAUCAACACAACUCACAGACUUAUUAAAAGUUAA